UACUCUGAAAAUAUAGCACCGGAAGACGAAUUGUUGUCGUAAGCGGCUGAACGCAGGCGGGUUGAGAAAGUAACGCUAUCUCUGCGAGAAAACACGUUUUUAAAGUCAAGUUUAACGUUCAAAUAAACGUUUGUAUCCAGUAAGUUUCAGACACGGCUCUCCGAGCUGCACGACACGAACAAGCUGGAGUUCGUCUCGUGAAUCUUUCAGUCUAGUCCGGUAACGUAAAUCCAGUUUUUAUCAACGACGUGAGUCGAGAUGAAGCCGCCUCCUCGGAAACGAACUAAAGUAGAUCGCACCGUGUAUACCGAACCGCCAGGUAAGCGGGUCAGCAACCAGUGGAAGCAAGCAGAACAGAGGAAUCUCCUUACAGCACUGAAAGCGCUCAGCGUGAAAACCCAGGGCCGCGAGGACAUCGACUAUGAGUUCCUGAGAAACCACGUGAAAACUCGCUCUAUUUCGGAGCUGCAGUCUGUGGUGGAAUAUCUGAAGAACAAAGUGAUCUCGUUGGCGAGCCAAACGCUUAAGGAGAAGAGAUUGGAGGAGAAGGUCAGAAAGCCCAUCGAGGUGUGGACACACCUGGCUUCUACUAUGGCUGGAACGCUCGAAGAACCCAUUUCCACUGCAUUCUCUCAGAUGCUGAUCGUGACGUCCACAGAGCCUUGCACCCUGAGGAACUGUGACCCUCCCCGAGUCUACAGACCACCCUCAAACAAAGACGGGCCUGUUGGUCGCACCAUCCCUCCUAGACCAGUGACUAGGUUGCCAGUCAAAGUUGAGCGUCCUAACAUCAAUACAGCCCGUCCUCUCAUGGUUAUCAAGACCCCAGCACCAGCCAAGGGCCCAGCCAAGAGACUCCCAGCACCCUCCCAAGUGGUGAAAGUGCCAAACGGCAACAUCCCUCCGCCAAAGCAACGGCUCCCUGCCACAGCUGGAAGCUCCACCUCUCAGUCUGCAGCGUCCGCCUGCCAUCCAGGUGCGGCACAAACACUCGCCGCGCCUUCCACAUCUCCACAACCGCCCUCACGGACUGUGACUUCACUUACAGUUACAGGACAAGUCCCGGCUAGUUCUGGCUCUGCAGCAGCGGUAAAGACUCAGAGUGUUGGCAGCUCUGAAAUCCGGACUACCCAGCAGCCCGCGGAGCAACACCCCACCCCCAUCUCCACCACGUCAAACUCCCUCACCUCCACCAACGCCACUAGCAAAACUCCAGUCCCCAGUACAGCAGCCUCCUCCACGCCCCCGCUCUCCACCGCCACCACCGCGGCCCUUCACGGUCCCACCAGCAAGUAUGACACGACGAGGGUGUCGGGCGUCAAGGGCGUAGUGGACUUUGAGAGGAUCUAUUGCUUCCUGAGUCAGAUCCAUCAGCCGAACGACGAGUGCCAUCUCACCCCCAUGGAGAGCGCUAUAAUGUUGGACCUGUUGAUGUCUCUACCAGAGGAGCUUCCCCUGCUGGACUGCAACAAGCUGCACACACAUCUGACCCAGGUGUACAAAUUCCUCUCAUCCCCUGCUGACUCCAAGAGGAUGCAAGAAAUGUUUAAAGAACGGAAGGACGGACCCUGGGCUCAGUCAGGGCCACCGAGUGGUCGAAACAGUCAGCAGAGGACUGCUGGGGCUGGUGACAGCAAUGAUGUCACAGACAGUGGAGGGAAGAAACUGCAGCCAGAGGACUCUGAGAGCCAAUCAUCAGGAAGCAAUGACCCAUCAGGACAUUCAGGGAAUGCAGAAAAGAUGGGACUCUGCCCCCCCCUCAACCCGUUUAUGGUGCCACUGAGACUGUUGAGGCGCAAAUAGGUCAUGUUCAAAAAUGUAUAAACCAGUAUGCUUUCGAUAAGUUUACAUUCUAUAAUAACAUAUUAUCUUUACACCAAUUUUAGAGUUUUAAAGUAUUUGGUCAUUGUUUGUCUCAGAGGUUCCGAGGCUGGGCAUCGAACCAGAAUCUGGAGUAUGGGAUUUCUGGUCAGUCUGAUUCAUCGUCUCGUUUAUCCUUGUUCUUUGAUCAGGUAGGUUCUGUUUAUAUCAGAAUAUUGUCUAUUUCCUGACAUUUCAGGUUUUAUUUAUGCAGUUGUUGUUCAUCUGCUUUUGUUAAGAAAACAUUAAACACUGAUGCAUUGAGAA